AUGUCUUCUCCAGAAUUACCAAAGUUUUUAUUAGUAAGAAAUGUAAUAAACUCCCCUCGGAAGCUGAGUCAUACAGCGAAUGUUUCUAAAAAAUUCCAAGCAGUCAGCCCGGAUCUAGCUCGUCAGGUGCAGGAUUGGCGCUACAAUGAGCUCAGUGCCUUUGCUCUUCGUUACAGACUCCCCCAGUACAUACCAGAGGUGGAAAUAGAUAGUGAAAAAUGGAGAGCCUGGUUCAGACUGAAUAUUUCCAAGAUGGCUCUAGAUGACAACUUCAUUACCGGCUCCUUCAAGUGUUCGAUUUAUGGCUUCAAACAAGUAAUUUAUCCCAUCAUGUACCUCAUUAUCUUCUUCCUGGGUGCUGUUGGAAAUGGCCUCUCCAUAUAUGUUUUCUUCCAGUCUUCGCAGAGGAUCUUAGUAAAUAAGUACAUGCAGAGCUUGGCUAUUUUGGACCUCAUGUUUGUGGGUACUUUGCCCUUUCGGGCUACAUAUUUCCUAUUGGGAUUGCGGUGGAUAUUUGGUAAUAUCCUCUGCAGGAUCAUGACCUACACCUUGUAAGUGAAUAUGUACUGCAGCAUUUAUUUUCUCACCGUGCUCAGCAUAGUUCGUUUCAUAGCCAUCAUCUACCCAUUCAAACAUGGAAAAGUAACCAAAGCAAGAAUAACUUACACAGCCAUGUGGAUCUUCAUGCUGGCAGCUGCCAGCCCUCUGUUGAGCAAGGGAGUCGCUGGGUACAGCACCAUAGUCAAAUGCUUGGUCCUUUAUCCCUGGUCCUUUAUCCCUUCAACAGACACAUUCUUCAUGAUGAACAGCUUUGUCCUCAAAGUGGGCUUCAUACUGCUGUUUUGUACAAUUGUUGUCUGCUAUGUCUUUGCAAUCAGAGCCUUGCUCAAGUCCAGGACUGUACAGAGCAAGAGGGUGGUUUAUCACAAGAAGGCACUGUUAACCAUCAUCAUCACACUCAUCCUCUUCCUCCUCUUCCUGCUGUAUCACAUACUGUGA